AUGUGUAUUAAGAUAUUAGGAUCCCUACUAGGAUUUCGACAUCGAGGAGGCUUUGACUCAUCUACUGAUGAUGAUGAUGAUACAAAAACAAGAACAACCAGAGUCAAAUGCCCGUUUUGCUCCAAAUGCUUCAAAGUCAAUAAUACUACUGAAUGCCCAGAACCAAAUGCUCGAGACUUCACCUCUCAAAAUGAGGACAAGGUUAAAGAAUAUGACCCAUCCAGGAUUAGAGCUCCUUGUGAAAGUUCAACUAUAUUAAUGAAUAACGGUGAAGAUUCUACAACAGAAAAGAAGGGUUUUGUGCCAAAUGUUCAAACUGCAGUUUCUACUGCGUCAAACUCUGUUUUUCGUCCUCCACAAAAGAAAGGGGCAUUCAGGAUGAAUGCACUUGAGGAGGAGCUGGAUGAUGAUGACAAUUCUGAGGUGGAGACUUUCUCGAUCGACAAGAGCAGCGUUGCUACUGCAACUGUUACACUGGAGAAGCCUCCAGCUUUCUCUGCUCUCUCUGAUGAGUCUAUGCUUGCUGAGAAUGGGGCCAACUCCACCGGCACUAGUGCAUCGUCGUACAGCAAGAUAGUAUCUACCCAGCCAUCCUUUACAUAUGAUAAAGUUGCUCCACCAGAAGAAUCAAAUGCUGAUCCUUCAAUGGUUAACUUUUGGGGUAAAGUUACUUCAAUGAAGGAUUCAGAUGCAGCUUCUCCUGUGUUUAACUAUGUCUCUAAGAGUGUUGACGAAGUUGCACAGCCACAGUUUGCUUUCGCUUCGUCACCCGCAGUUGAUGAAUCUGUUGACGUAAAAUCUGGUGCCUUUUCAGUCCCCAAACCUGAAAGCUCAAGCAGGUCCGUAUGA